AUGACUGUAGAAGACCCUGGCGCUCCCGCUGCUGCCAACGGCGAGUUCUGGCUCUUUGGAUACGGGAGCCUGAUAUGGAAACCACCGCCGCAUUUUGGCAAGGUACGGUCAACAUUCCUUGUACAUCUUUGGUCCCAGUACCUCGAGGAUAAUUCACCCUCGAGCCUUGCUGGGGAAAUCCAGGACCACCGCGGCACUCCCGAGGCACCAGGCCGUGUCGUGACCCUGAUCGAGCGGUCCUUUUGGGAAACACUGCCGGAUCCACACUCGUCCGCAGACAAGGUCUGGGGCGUCGCCUACAGGAUCGAGGCGGAACAUGUGGAGGAGGUCAAGGAGUAUCUGGACAUCCGGGAGAUCAACGGCUACACCAUCUUCGUCGGCCCCCAAGACAUCCAGGCCCUGGCCGAGCACAUCUACCGCUCAGAGGGGCCGAGCGGGCUGAACCGGGACUACCUGCUGGGCCUGGACAAGGCGCUGCAGGAGCUGAGCCCCGAGAGCGGUGACGAGCACGUCACAGACUUGUCGGAGCGUGUCAGGGCGAUAAUAUCUCGCGAGGAGGAGCGCGGUAGAGGAGGCAAGGGAGGCGUGGGGGCGCCGGCUACUAAGAACGUGGUUAGCCAGGGGAGUGACGCGGCUGCGGACGCUCUUCACGAUCCCAAGGAAGUCGGCAGCGUAGACCAGAACGAGGAGACCGAAAAAGUCGGUUGA